AUGCUGCAACUGAACCAUCGUACUCUACAUGAUUACAAGCCCAUUCCUUAUCCAAAUGGCUAUGUUAUUCAACAGUUGGGAAACCGGCUUAUAUACGAUGAAAGGCAGUACAAUAUUCAGGACAUGAAGGCGGAAUUUGAUAAGCUAUUCAAAUGUCUCACUGAUGAACAGAGGAAGAUUUACGACCAAAUAAUGGAUGCCGUUAACAAACAGAAAGGUGGUGUCUUCUUCCUGCACGGUUAUGGCGGAACCGGUAAGACAUAUAUGUGGAGAACACUUGCAAGUGCAUUGAUAUCUAAGCAUGAGAUUUGUCUUACUGUUGCAACAAGUGGGAUAGCAUCUCUUUUGUUGCCAGGAGGUCGUACAGCUCAUUCAAAGUUCAAGUUGUCGGUUCCAUGUGUUGAAAACUCAACUUGCAAAAUUAAUUUCAAUGACGACAGCGCUGGUCUUCUGAGGGAGGCAAAGCUAAUUAUAUGGGACGAGGCACCAAUGGCACACAAAUAUUGUUUUGAAACGCUGGACAGGACUUUGAACGAUGUCAUGAGUAAUUACAGUAACUCCGAUUCUGUUUUCGGCGGGAAGGUUGUGAUUUUUGGUGGGGAUUUCCGUCAGAUAUUACCCGUUGUACCCGGAGGAAGCCGUUCUGAAAUUAUCCAUUCAACUAUUAACGCUUCUUACAUUUGGCAUUAUGUUAAAGUCUUGAAUUUGACAAAAAACAUGCAUCUAUUUAGCGGACCAAGUGAACAAGAUAAAAAUGAAAUUGCAGAUUUUUCAGAGUGGCUUUUAAAGAUAGGAGAGGGAAGAAUUUCGGAACCUAAUGACAGUUAUGCCAACAUUGACAUACCGCCCGAACUGUUAAUUACAAACUUCAAUGACCCUAUUCUUUCCAUCGUCGAGAGUACAUAUCCUGAUUUCUUAAAUUGUUACCAAUCGUGUGAUUAUCUCAAAAAUAGGGCCAUUCUUGCUUCCACUUUAGACAUUGUUGACAAAAUCAAUGACCAUGUCCUUGCCAUGAUGUCAGGGGAAAUACGAGAUUACUACAGAUCUAACUCAGUUGAUCGAUCAGAAAUUCAUGACAGCAAAAUUCUUCAAGUGCUGAGCCCAGAAUUCCUAAGCUCUUUAAGAACUUCUGGCCUACCCAACCAUCACUUAAAGUUAAAAGUUGGAAUACCAAUCAUGCUUAUGCGAAACAUUGAUCAAUCACAAGGUCUAUGUAAUGGGACGAGGCUUAUAGUAACUAAAAUGGCUACUCAUGUUCUUGAGGCCGAAUUGAUGGGUGAUAACAAUAAUGGAAAGGUUAUAUACAUCCCGCGAAUGGAUAUGUCCCCAUCUCAAUCUCCAUGGCCAUUCAAGUUAUCGAGACGUCAAUUUCCGGUUAUUGUAGCCUAUGCCAUGACCAUUAACAAAUCACAAGGCCAAUCGUUGGAUUGGGUUGGACUUUAUAUACCUCGGGAUGUUUUCACACAUGGACAAAUUUAUGUUUCCGUUUCAAGAGUUACAACAAAAAGAGGUAUCAAGAUAUUGAUACAUGAUGAUAAAAACACCCCAAAGCUUUCAACAUGUAAUGUUGUAUACAAAGAAGUUUUUAACAACAUUUAG